CGAAGGUCCAGCAUGCACGCGUUUUAUGAUGCCCGUCCGUAAACGUGUCACUAAUGUAAAGACUCGGGGGACCGUUGCCCGGGUCCGGAGUUGUUUUGGCACUCCUGGCACGCCGUAGCAAGCCUUGCGCUUCUGCACUGUCCAAAGGUCUAGUGCGGCUUGUAUGUUAUCGGUGAACAGCGGGAUAAGGUGCGUUCACAUUCGCACGCUUAUAACAAGUGGUGCGGACUCAAAAGGCAUUUUUUUUAAGGCAUGGCUUCCGCGAGAAAUUUAAAUAGAUUCUGGGAAUGGGGCAGGAAGAUUAUCUGCGUCGGGAGGAAUUACGCGGACCACGCCAAGGAGCUGAAAAACGCCAUCCCCUCCGAGCCGGUGCUGUUCCUCAAGCCCCCCUCUGCCUACGUCAGGGAGGGGUCCCCCAUCCUGCUGCCGGUCUACUCCACCAACCUGCACCAUGAGGUGGAGCUGGGGGUGGUCAUCGGCCGGGGGGGCACGGCGAUCCCGCAGGAGGCCGCGAUGGACCACGUGGCUGGGUACGCGCUGUGCCUGGACAUGACGGCCCGGGACGUGCAGGAGGAGUGCAAGUCCAAAGGCCUGCCCUGGACCCUGGCCAAGGCCUUCAACACGUCCUGCCCCGUCAGCGAGUUCAUCCCCAGGGACAGGGUCCCGGACCCCGGCAACGUCCGGCUGUGGCUGAAGGUGAACGACCAGCUGCGCCAGGAGGGCAGCACCUCGCAGAUGAUCUUCUCCAUCCCUUUCCUCAUCAGCUACAUCAGCGAGGUCAUCACGCUGGAGGAGGGCGACCUGAUCCUGACCGGCACGCCCAGGGGGGUGUCGAGCGUGCAGGAGCACGACGAGGUGCAGGCCGGCAUCGAGGGCGUCGUCAGCAUGACUUUCCGAGUCGACAGGCUGUGACAGCUGGGGACGCGCCGUUAGGACACAAGACUUUCCAGCCAGAUGUCGGAGAAUAAUAAUAAUAAAAAAAGCUGAUAUAUAUUUUUAAAAACACCUUUGUAAAAAUUAAAGUACAUUUUAAUCUCACUAAAUUUACUCGGUAAUAUCUGUUUGCCUGCUCACAUGUUCCCCAAAAUUAAAAAAAAAUGGAGGCAUAAGAAUGGAGGACCAUAGUCAUGGAUUCCUAUAUUCCUUGCGCUGUAGUAAUCAUUUCCUAUAACCUGGGAAUCGGAACUACUGCAGGAAUUCUGAGAAGAAUGUUUCCAGGUCAAAAAAGAUGCAAACUUGUUUUUCCAAAACACAUAGACAACGGAUAUGGGGCAGAGCGGUGGCUCUGUGCCUAAGGAUCUGCGCCUGUG